AUUAUUAUUAAUCACCAUUUACCAACAACACAAAACCAAUGAAAAGGCGAGAACACGAGGAAUGGCCAUGGGCUACGAAAAGAUUGCCAGGUCCAUCGAAUGGACUCGGGCUCCAAGAAGGGGCACCCACAGGCCACAGGGCAGGAUUGAUCCUUAGCUCUUUUCCAAUGGACUCAGCCUACCCAUGUUAUUAUGCCACGCCUGGUGCACUGAGCCCACAAAAUAUAGCUAACAACUUCACAUUUAACAGCCGGCAAUUGCGUGAGAGAGGUAGAAAACAGCAUUGACUUCAACGCGUUUGGUUGAUGUCAUCGUCAUCGUGCAUAAAAUCCUGUGUUCUUACUUUCUUUGAAGAUAUAUUCCUUCUUCCGAACCUUCCAGUCCAGGCUCAGGCUCAGUCUCACGCGCUUUCAAACAACGCUUCUUCCCUUCCAGACUAACCUAUACUUCUCCGGAUCCCUAAAAGAACUCGCCGUUUUGUCUAUAAAUAUCGUGACAAGCAAAACGCUCUUGAACAACGAUCUCUUUGGCUCAUUUCCUUCCAACCAAGAAAUCCCAGAAAGCAAUCAGGCAAUAGACUCUUGACUCCGUCUACAAAAGCAAGCAAUCAAAACCCAAAACCCCCCGACAAGGUGAUCGAUCGGCGAAAAAGAGGAAGAGACAAAGAUGUGUUUGGUGUUUGUGUGCGAUGAGGAUGAGAGGGUGAUAGCGAGACAGCCGGCAGCAGGGGCUUGUCCCUACUGUGGAGGGAUGGUGCAAGCCAUGGAUGUAGAGAGCCAGUGGAGGUUCUGCUUUUUGCCUCUGUAUUUCAAGACCAAGAGGAAGUACUACUGCAGCUUAUGUGCAAGGCGCUUGGUCAUCCAAUGAUUCCAUUUCUCUUUAUAGAUAUCCGAAUUGGGAUACUUUGUUUGAUUCCUUUCCUUUUGUUACCCCAAGCCGAUCAUCCCCUCUUCUUUCUUGUACAUAAAGUCUGACUGUUUUGAUCAUAGAAAAAGCUUCUCUAUUUAUUUACUUGCUAUUGAUUUCAUGAGCGUAAAUAAUCUAAAAUCUGAAUGAUCAAUCCUGAAAGCGAUUUUCCUCGGAA